UGGCUCCACCGGAAGAAGCCGCGUCGCUGCUGCCCUCUGAAGCGUACAUCAGCUUCCGCCAUCGGCACCACCGCCACAAGGCGAGUAAUCUAUCUCAUCGGCGUACGUCAUGUCGAUCUCAAGUAAGCGACUUGUAUAGAAUCUUCCCCCCCAAAGUCGUUUCGGAAUGGCAUCUUCGGGUGUCCUGCCGACGUAUUUAAAGUACGUCAAUGGCGUUCCGGUCAGUGGACCCCGAAAGACGCUACGGCUACGCGAAAAGUACAUCGUCGUACUGGUGUUAGCGACCUUUUCAAUGGUGUGCCUAGUAGCCUUCUUCUAUCUUCCUGAUCUUCGAGCAUCCAAUGCGUAUCGUCAGAUGAGAGACGCUGGACCGGAUCUGUUAUUUCCACCGCCUCAACUGGACGAAAACGUGAUCCGACACAACGAUGUGUUGAAUGAAGAUCCUCAUCGUGCGGAGGAUCGCGAAAAACUGAAUCAAAAGAUCAAGCUGGAUCUGGAUCAAUCAAAGAUGCAGGUUGAUAAACCCGCUGUGCAACCAGGAAUCUCGAGUACGAGCACGAAAUCUGCGGUGGUUGUAGUGGGAGUGAGUUCAUCUGUUCAGCCUCCUCACGCUGCCGUGUGGAGUACGACUGAUCUUUCCAUCCACCCUGGUGAACCUAAAGAUCCUGUGACGAGGGAACGUCGAAACAAAGUCCGUGAGAUGAUGCAGCAUGCAUGGUCCAACUACGAAAAAUAUGCCUGGGGCCAAAACGAGCUGAGGCCAGUGUCCAAACGCGGCCACUCGGCCGGCAUCUUCGGAAAGAGUUCCAUGGGAGCAACCAUCGUGGAUGGACUGGAUACCCUGUACCUGAUGGGUCUACGGGAGGAGUACCGUAGGGCCAGGAAUUGGGUGGCUGAGAACCUCAGUAUUGAAAAUAUUAAUUCCGAUAUUUCCGUGUUUGAGACCAAUAUACGUUUCAUCGGUGGACUACUUGCAUGUUAUGCGCUCACUGGAGAUACAAUGUACAAAGAGAAGGCAGACAAAAUUGCGCAGGUCCUCCUUCCAGCAUUUGAGACUCCAAAGGGCAUUCCACAUUCCCUGAUCAACAUAAAGACUGGUGUCAGCAAGAACUACGCCUGGGCAUCCAGCGGGAGUUCCAUCCUGGCAGAGUUUGGCACGAUGCACCUGGAGUUCACGUACCUUAGUGACAUCACUGGCAACCCUGUGUACAGGGACAAGGUCAUGCGCAUCAGGAAACUGCUGCACGGCAUGGAGAAGCCAAAGGGGCUCUACCCUAACUUCUUGAACCCUAAGACUGGACACUGGGGACAACACCACAUGUCGAUGGGUGCACUGGGAGACAGUUUCUACGAGUACUUGCUGAAGGCUUGGCUGCAGUCCGACAAAGAAGACACGCAGGCCAAGCUGAUGGUAGCUGAUGCCAUCCAAGCCAUCGAACAGCACAUGGUGCAGAGGUCCAAGAAUGGACUCGUCUAUUUGGCGGACAUAAAGUAUGACAGGCUGGAGCACAAAAUGGAUCACCUCGCCUGCUUUGCCGGAGGAUUUUUUGGCCUGUCGGCUUCAGUGUUCCCCGAGGAACGGAGGGACCACUACAUGCAACUAGCCAAGGACAUCACGCAUACGUGCCACGAAUCCUACGACAGAACACCAACCAAGCUGGGACCCGAAGCCUUCCGUUUCACUGACAGCCUCGAAGCGCAGGCUAUCAAGCAGAAUGAACGUUACUACAUUCUACGUCCGGAGGUCAUAGAAUCUUACUUCUACCUGUGGAGGUUCACAAAAGAUCCAAAGUAUCGAGAUUGGGCCUGGGAGGCUGUGCAGGCACUGGAAAAGCACUGCCGUGUUGAAGGAGGCUACUCAGGAAUCCGAAACGUGUACGCGACAGACGGACCGAAAGACGACGUUCAGCAGAGCUUCUUCCUUGCGGAAACGCUCAAGUACCUCUACCUUAUCUUUUCUGAGGACUCUCUCCUUCCACUGGAUCAGUGGGUGUUGAACACGGAGGCCCACCCCAUCCCCAUCCGUAACAAGAAUCCUCAUUACGGUGCCGCUGCCCCUGCCCCUACCAGCUGAUGGUCUAGUGAAGGCUAGUUAUGCCCCCGAGGGGUGUGUUGGUAUUCUGUUGAAGCCUCGUUGAGGCAACGUUAUCGUCAAUACAGUUGCAUCCUCCUGGGGAGGAAAGUUGCGCUGAUGCACCUGGGAUAUGUGAACCUACCUAAGACACCUCAUCUACAUCAAGAAUGUUUCUUGCAGGAUUGGAGCCUCGCAUUUGGCUGCUCAGAAAUACGGUGCAGAUGCAUUUAUUCAGUUGUCUCCCGAUUCGUAGUAUUGGUAAAGUAUAUUCCUUUAAGUAUGCUAGAAGUAUACAGCUGCAUUCCUGCAAAAACUAGAAAUAGGACUACAAUCAACAGGAAACUAAGUUUCUGUAACAAAUUUUACACAUCGCCUGCACUGUAUCUUGUAUCAAAGUGUGUGAAAUGCUGUUGUACUUUUGGAGGAAAGGGGGCAUUCAGAAAAAUGCGGAUUCCCUGCACGUUGUGUUUGACGAAAUUUUAAUUUCAGCUGUGGGUUAAGUCUAACAAUCAGUACAAAUACAUUUUAAAUAGCAUUCCAUUUUGUGCGUGGUGUUCACUGCCUCGCAGGCUGGUGCAAUUGGAACCACUAGCUCUGCAGACUUUUCUCGCAAGCACAGUCGUCCUUGGACACCAUUGGCCAUUUUAUCUUUUUUGUUUUUGUUUUUUGCUUGUUUGUGGUAUCCCUUUCCUCAAAUGUACCGGCAUUUCUGUCACAAUCUCAGUGAGACAUCCUCCCCGAAGAGAGUCCCCAGAGUGGUGUGCGGACAUCGCGCGCCUCUCUCCGACUCUACUGCAAAGUGCAAUGCCUUACAUUAGGAGAGCUUUGUUUUUGGGCAAGACAUUUGAUUGCUUUCGUUUUUUGUCCUGUAUCAGGACUCUCUGUAUUUUGUUUCUUCGUUGACGAGUUAGCUGGCACAGAACGAAACUCGCUUUUGUACAGAUGAUCCGACGGCCUUAAGACGGUACUGGUGAGACUUCAAGAUUCUUUUUGUGUGUACUGUGGCUCAGAUCUUUUGUCACACUGGUUCGGGACUCUGUGGUGCAGGACAUAUUUCGUACGCUACUCUACUACGUUACCGGUGCGCUUCGAGUUGUCUUUCGGGAGGUGGAGGGUCGGCAGAUUAAAGGGGUGGACGCCUUUAGAGUAUCAUUUGAUCUCUCUUCGCAGAAGCUACUGCAUUUCCUUUUUGGUCACAUUAGAGUUAUCCGGGGGCAUCCACGUUCUCAGGUUGAGUCAAAGGGAGAGAUAGGUUUGUAAUGGUUUAUGCUUGAAGGGCAUUAGUCGUUAAUGAAUCCUUUGCUUCCAGGAGCAGACAGCUAGAGGGUUCUGGCUCCUUAUAUCCAUCCACACCAUACCCAUGUCACAAAACUCAUUAUAAUGUCACUAGUGAGCAUGCAUUAGAGAGUACAAUCGAAGUUGGGAGGCAAAAUGGCGACUCGAAAGAACGUGAAUGACACAACUUACAUGCGGAACGUGUGAGAAACUAGUGGAGACCCACCAAGCACAAACGUACUCUCACACGUACGAAAAAAGACUUCGGUCACUGUAGCCCAGCGUUGUACGAAACCUCUUUUACUCGUCUCCAAACUGUGUAGGCAUUUGAGCGCAUAAUAUAUAUAUGUAUAUUCUGGUAGGCAAGUACGCUAUGGUGGAGAACUGUGUCUUCACACGAUGCAGAGAAGAAUGGUCCGUGAUGUGUUGACACAAUGCUGCAUGUACUGAAUUGUGUUUUAUUUUUCUGGUCGACGGGAUCCCUCUUAGAAUUAUAUGUUGAACGCUGUGAUAUUUAUGGCGAGAAUGUCUUCCGUCUUUUGGUUCUCGCUUCUCUAUCGGUGUCGAGGGUUAAGUGGAGAGAGUUAAGUCGUGGUAAGGAACCGGAAAGAUUAUUAUUUGUGCAUAUUGCAGUAUUUAUUCGAUAAUAGAGAGCACUCCUUUUCCGUAAUGUACAUUUGCCCUGACAACCGACUGGUGUCCGGCCAAUACCCGACUAAUGCCCGACCAACGUCAUGUUGGUCGUGUGGGUGUCAUGUACAUUGCACGGAUGCCCAGGGGAUCAUGCGGGGCAGGAAACAGGGUGUCCUAUGUUCGAACAAAUAACGUAAAAUGUUGGAGGUUGGGAAAUUAUGUUACUAUGACGUACCAUUGCUCGUUGCUGCAUUUGUGCAUGUGGUGCAACAAAGAAAGACCUUGGUUGGUGUUGUAUUGCUUGCAUUGCUAGCACUGAGAUUGUUUGAUGUUUUUGUGUUUGAGGACCACAGCAAACUGCAGGAAAAAAAAUCGUCUGCGCAAUAUCGUUACAGUUGAAGUUGUUGAUUUCCUUACCUUAAGAUAUAAGUUUCUAAAAGUCAGGACCAGUUGAAGUUGCACCACUUGGCUUCCUGACCUACCAUUUGUACUGCUAAUAUGAUGAUCUGUCAUCAUGGUAAUGCAAGACUAAUAUUAGUUUGGGGAGCUAUUAUAAAACUGAUGCAAUAAGUGUGUGUUGCAGCAGUCAGAGUUGAUCUGGUUGAAAUUUCUUCCCUUCUGGACAUUGUCAAAGAGGAUAGACGGUAGCUUAGCAAUUUGAUCUCUUACGCAUCAGCCACUUAAAUUAGCAAUUUUGCAUUUUUGAAUGUUGAAAUGUAUACUAGCUGCUGGACAAGAUAGACAAGGUUCUUGAAAUGUGCAAAGUAUAUUCAAAUCUUGUCCCGACGUGUUUCAACACUUCAUUAGAGUACGACGGGCGUAGUUGAAAGUGCGUCUUCUCACAGAUACGUUAUCAACUUAUCAUGUGCUUGCUCAUCUCGAUAUUUAGUCCCCCGGUAGUACGGAUAGCGGUAGAAGAGUAGUUUGCGCGGAUAAAGUUUUGCAUUGGGCCCGCUCGAAACAGGUGUUCACCGACAUGCGCAGAGAGGUAUGGCCUGUCGUGCCUAAAUACACAUUUUUGUAAUUCGACAGGUAGAGGUUCUGUACCUGGAUUCACUAGAAUAAAUUACAAGGGUGCCGACUGUGUUGCAGCCUACGCCUAUAAUGCCACAUUCUAUAGAGGGUCAUUCCAGGCUGCACGAACAGUAGGUCUAAACAGGUGCUUAGGACAGCUCUUGUGCAUCUAGUGCCAAACUCUUUCUAUCUGCUGUGAGCGUUUUUCUUUUUUUUUUUUUUUUUUUUUGAGCUACUGGCGAAAGGAUGAGGCAGUAGUGGACUGAGGCAAGCCCUAUGUGUGAAUGAGUUUUUUUCUGUGGACCUUUCCCUAUAGAGGGUGUCUGUAUGCACACACACACACCUCUUGCCUUGUACAGUGUGAAAAAAAAAAACAAGAAAAAAAACAAGUCACGUGUCUUCACUCCCCUACUGCGUGAAGACAGGCACACAAGAAGAUUUUUGGUGCUAAGAAUUAAUAAAGUUGUUUCUUUUUUGCGA